AUGUCAACCGAUCCUAUCACCAAACAGGAAAAAGCUGAUUCUGCCGAUCCAGUAGUCACUGAAACUAUCACUGCCGCACUAGAAGAGCUUAACUUAGACGUCGUAGACAAUACCGAAACCAUUGAGACCGUCAAAAAUAAGACCACACUAUCUCAUAGUAAUGGUGCUCCAACUCAAAUGUUCCCACAAAUGAUGAAUAUGGGAUUUAUGCCAUACAAUCAAAUGAUGCCGAUGCCUCAUCAACCAGGUUUCUACCCACAUGGCGAUUUUCCUGAGAAUCCAAUGGCUAUUGGAAACCAUCCUCCACAUGGCCCUAUGAUGUUCCCAAGUAAUGGAGACAUGCAAGGUUUCCCUCAACCACCACAUAUGCAAGCCCCAUUGGGUGCAGGAUCUACUUUUGGUCCACAUGGUAUUGUUAACAAUGGUACCACCCCACCAGUGGCACCUAUCAAUGGCGAUGGUCACGUUAUCCCUGGUUCAACCCCAAGUGCAGCUCCAGGUCCAGGUCUUGGCCUUGGUUUCAACGAUGCGUUGUGGCCAAAUUCAUCUAGAACUCAAUCCAAUACAGCCAACCUUGGUGAAACCACUGACGGAGAGCCUACAGCAAAUGUCGCUAUUAGAAGACAAACUUUCCACACCAUCUCCACCUCUGAAUCAGGCGAAAUAUCUUCUACUAUUACUAAGGGUAAUAGUCAUACUGAUGUUAAUGGCACUUUAGAAUCUAGUUCUACCUCAAUGGGCGCUGUUUCAGCCGUUGGUGCAAAAACUAGAACUAAGUCAACUUCUGUUCAAAGAUCUGACCGCGACACAUUAUUUGACACCCCAGGAACUUCAUCUAGUCUAACAAGUGGUACCUCCAAAAAGACCAAAGAAGAUGACGAUACUAAGGCGAAAGAUAUGAAGAAUUUACAAACUUAUGCUGCUGCAUAUCCUUACGGAGGCCCACUAUUGCAACAUAUGCCUCACAAUGAUGGUGCUAUGUUAAAUGGUAUGCCAUCUCCAUUCCCAGGUGGUUAUGAAUUUGCUGGUCCUUUCCAACCAUUUUCCCCAGUAUUAGGUGGAAUCAAUGGCCCAUUACCAGGCCAGUCUCCUUUACCUCACAUGUCCCCAUCUCCAAUUCAAAUGGGACCACCUGGAACGGAUCCAAUGGGUAAGAACCAAAGAAAUGGAAAAGAUGAUGGAUCUUUACCACUACCACCCCAACCUUAUCCAAUAAUGCAACACCACCCUCAAAAUGGUAGUCCACCACCAUGGUUAUAUAACGGACCACCAUUUAAUGGUAUGAUUUCGCCUCUAAACGGACCUCACAAUCAUCAUGGUGGAAUGAAUAUGAUGAAUAAUAAUAAUGGUAACCAUCCUCAUAAGGGUCCUGGUCGUGGUAAUGGUAGAGGUGUCAACUUUCACGGGAGAGGUAAAUAUGGAAAAGGUAACCAUUAUGGGUAUAAUAACCAUAAUAAUGGCGGUUAUAACGAUAACCGUAAUGGGAACAAUCAAUAUUCUCAAGCUAAAGCUGAAGAAGCAGCUCGUUUUGUAGAUGCUACUUUGGAUGAAUUUGUUGGUGAUAUUUAUGCUUUAUGUAAGGAUCAACACGGUUGUAGAUUUUUACAAAAACAACUUGAUAUAUUAGGUAAGGAAGCGGCCGAUCCUAUCUUUGAGGAGACUAAAGAUCACACAGUUGAAUUGAUGACUGAUUCAUUUGGAAAUUAUUUGAUUCAAAAAUUGAUUGAGAAGAUUACCUCUGAACAAAAAGUUGAACUUUCCAAUAUCGCUGCACCACAUUUUGUUGAAAUCGCUUUGAACCCACAUGGUACUAGAGCCCUUCAAAAACUGAUUGAAUGUACUAAUACUGAUCAAGAAGCAAAAAUCGUUAUCGAUGCCCUUAGCGACUCUGUGAUUCAAUUAAGUAAGGAUUUGAACGGUAAUCAUGUUAUUCAAAAGUGUCUACAGACAUUGAAGCCUGAACAUUUCCAAUUCAUCUUUGAUGCGAUCUGCGAAGACUGUAUGACUAUUGCUACACACAGACAUGGAUGUUGUGUGCUACAACGUUGUCUAGACUUUGGUAAUAAAGAACAAUGCUCAAUGCUAUGCGACAAGUUACUAUCCUUCAUCGAUCGCCUAACUUUGGAUCCAUUUGGUAAUUACGUUGUCCAAUAUAUUAUUAGCAAGGAAACCGAAAAUAAUACAUUCGAUUACACAUACAAAAUUGUUCAUUUAAUUAAGACAAAGAUGGUUGAAUUAUCUGUACACAAGUUUGGUUCCAAUGUGAUUGAAAAAUUAUUAAGAACCCCUGUAGUUGCCGAAACUCUAAUCUUAGAGCUUGUCAAUAACAAAGGAGAAUCCGAUAUCAAACUUUUAUUAAAUGACAGUUAUGGUAACUAUGUAUUACAGACUGCAUUAGAUGUCUCUCAUAACCAAAAUGAUUCCAUUCACGACAAAUUGUCAACUAUGGUCUCCCCAUUAUUGGUGGGUCCAAUUAGAAAUACACCACAUGGUAAGAGAAUUAUUGCCAUGUUGCACUUAGAGGACGAAUAA